AUGGGGGGCACUCACACUCCAGCGCAUGCCCAGUCCUCUCUUCCUGCGCUCCCCGCACAUCUCCAGUCCGAUACCCAUCUAACAGCUCACUUGGCAAGCCGUUUCCAUGUCGGUCUUCCCACGGCUCGUCUGUCUUCUCAGGCUCUGAUCUCCCUCAACACAUACACUUCGGCAACAAAAGGCCCAGAUGGUGAAAAGGAAGGCAGUGCAGCGGGAGAGGCCGAAGACCUGGCCCGUCGCGCUUACACUCGCUUGGGGGCUCGGGGUGAGAACCAAGCGGUUGUGUUCCUUGGAGAGAGCGGAUCCGGCAAGACCACCAUUCGCUCGCACCUGCUAUCGUCUUUCCUCUCUUAUUCCUCGACCCCGCUCUCCUCGAAACUCUCCUAUGCCGCCUUCGUUUUUGACACAUUGACCACGACCAAGUCGAAUACCACUCCUACUGCCUCUAAGGCUGGUCUUUUCCUCGAGCUUCAGUACGAUGGCUCGUCCUCCGUCAACCCCACCUUAAUCGGUGGAAAGAUCAUCGACUACCGACUUGAACGGAGCCGUAUUUCGUUCGUCCCGACCGGAGAACGCAGCUUCCACUCUCUGUACUAUCUUUUGGCAGGCACGAGUGCUGCCGAGAAGGCUCAUCUUGGCUUUGAUAACGCGAUUCACGUCCACACCGGCGGUUCGGGCUCAGUCAGUCACAAGCGAUGGCGUUACUUGGGUCACCCCACCCAAUUAAAGGUCGGAGUCAACGACGUGGAAGGAUUCCAGCAUUUCAAAACUGCUCUCCGUAAGCUCGAGUUCUCCCGAGGCGAGAUCGCAGAAAUCUGCCAGAUUUUGGCCAGUAUCCUACACAUUGGCGAACUGGACUUCAUUUCGGGCCAGGCCACCACGACGGCUGCGGAGGAGAGCGGUGGCUACUCUCAUGAGGGUGGUGAGGUGGUCACCGUUGUCAAGAACAAGAAUGUUCUUGCCAACGUCGCUGCUUUCUUGGGUCUGAGCAUUGAGGCGCUCGAGAACAGCCUCGGCCACCAGACCAAGACCCUCCACCGUGAGCGUGUGACGGUCAUGUUAGACCCGAAGGGUGCUCGCAAAAAUGCCGAUGCAUUCGCACGCACAAUCUACUCGCUCUUGGUGACAUACAUUAUCGAAACUGUCAACCAGAAGAUUUGUGCAGCCGAGGAAAGUGUUGUCAAUACUAUUUCGAUUGUGGACUUCCCCGGGUUUGCUACCUCUCCUGCUACCGACUCGACCCUGGACCAACUUCUGAGCAAUGCAGCCACUGAGUCUCUCUACAACUACUGUUUGCAAUCGUUCUUUGACCACAAGGCCGAUGUCUUGGAUCGUGAAGAAAUCGCGGUCCCGGCCACGAGCUACUUCGACAACACCGACACCGUUCGCGGCCUCCUUAAGCACGGCAACGGACUGCUGAGUAUCCUCGAUGAUCAAACCAAGCGUGGUCGCACAGACUCACAGUUCCUCGAAAGCGUUCGGAAGAGAUUCGAUGGCAAGAACAUGGCCAUCUCAGUGGGUGACUCGAGCGCCACGAGUACCUAUGUCACACCGAAUGCUCGUAGGACUGCUUUUACCGUCAAACAUUUCGCCGGUGAGGUAGACUACUCAGUAACGGACCUGAUUGAAGAAAAUGGAGAAUUCAUCUCCGGUGAUCUCAUGAACCUCAUGAAGUCAACCCGCAGCGACUUGGUUCGUGAAUUGUUCGAUCAAGAAGCACUGCAAACCAUUACCCAUCCUCGUGAGAAGACUGCCAUCAUGCAGGCUCAGGUUUCCUCCAAGCCUAUGCGCAUGCCCAGCAUGGCCCGGCGCAAGCAUGAUGCACAAGCUCGUUUGGUCGCGUCUGCUGUGUCCCGUGCUGACAGCGAUGACAUCGACGAAGGCGACAGUCAGGUGGCGAGCACCCGGCGAGGCACCGCGGGUCGCAAGAGUGGUCUGAUGGCCGGUCCGUCACAAGGCGCGGCAGGCCAGUUCCUGUCAGGUCUCGAGGUCAUCAACAAGUGCCUGAGACAACCAAACGUGAAUCCGUACUUCGUGAUUUGCCUCAAACCUAACGACCGACGAAUCGCGAAUCAAUUCGAUAGUAAAUGCGUGCGCAUGCAAGUUCAAACGUUUGGCAUUGCAGAAAUAAGCCAGCGCCUCAGAAAUGCCGACUUUAGCGUCUUUCUGCCAUUUGCUGAAUUCCUCGGGUUGGCUGACAUCGGCAAUGUCGUUGUGGGGAGCGACAAAGAGAAGUCAGAGGUCGUUCUGGACGAAAGAAGAUGGCCCGGCAAUGAAGCUCGUGUCGGAAGCACUGGUGUCUUCCUGAGCGAGCGUUGCUGGGCGGAUCUCGCCAAGGUGGGAGAACGCGUGGUGCCGACAUACAACAUGGGCGGCAGAUCCAAUGAUGAUGGAACGUUCAACGCUGCCAGUGGAAACCCGGAUGCCAAAGUCCGUCUUCUCAACCCUGCUGACCAGUCUCCGGGCGCCUAUAUCUAUGGCGACGAGACCAAACAGGGCUAUUUUGGUAGCCGUGAGUUGGAUGGACGCUCUGACGCAGGAGGCUCGGCCUUUAACUCUGGUGACAUGUUCCGUGACUUCGAUACGAAGCAGCAAAUGCUUGACAAGGGCCAGGAAAAGGACAUGCAGCAAGUGGAAGAGGUCUCGAUUUCAGGAUCCCGCCGCCGCUGGAUGGCAUUGGUCUGGCUGCUGACCUGGUUUAUUCCCGAUUUCCUGGUUGAACAUAUCGGGCGAAUGAAACGAAGGGACAUUCGGACAGCGUGGCGUGAGAAGUUUGCGAUCAACCUGAUCAUCUGGUUUGCUUGUGGUGUCGCCAUCUUCAUGAUUGUUGCUUUCCCUGGAUUGAUCUGUCCGACGCAGCAUGUCUACUCCCAAGGAGAGCUCAGCACUCAUAAUGGCAAGGACGGUCAAAACUCCUUUGUUGCUAUUCGAGGUGUUGUGUUCAAUCUGGGAGACUUUAUGCCUUCUCAUUAUCCCAACAUCAUUCCGCAAAAGUCUCUCAAAAACUACGCUGGUGAAGACGCCACCAACCUCUUCCCCGUUCAGGUUUCUGCAUUGUGCCAGGGUGUGGACGGGAAGGUUGAUCCCAGUGUGCCACUCGACUAUCGCUCGAACUUGAAUGACUCCGCCAGCACCACCUCGACAACUUCUUUUGAUGUCAACGCCAAAUAUCAUGACUUCCGAUACUGGACCGAUCUAUACCAACCAGACUGGUUCUACGAACAGAUGGUCACGAUGCGAGCAAAUUACAAAAAAGGUUACGUUGGCUACACUGCGAAAUAUAUGAAGAGCUUGGCCGAUGAGGAAGACAAAAACAUUGUCAGCAUCAAUGGGAAAGUCUACGAUAUGACAUACUAUAUCGCAGGGCCCCGAAACCCACGUUUCCCCGAAGGCAAGAACUCGUCCUCCACCAAUAUCAAAACCGACUACAUGAGCCCUUUGCUUGUCACACUCUUCCAGCAAAAAUCUGGCUAUGACGUGACGAAGUACUACAAUGAUCUUCCUCUUGAUGCCGAUCUGCGCUCCCGAAUGGAACUGUGCCUGGACAACUUGUUCUUCGUUGGCCAUGUCGAUACUCGUAACUCGGUUAAGUGCCAAUUUGCUCGGUACUUCAUUCUUGCCAUCUCCGUGUUGAUCUGUGCGGUCCUCACCUUCAAAUUCCUGGCUGCUCUGCAAUUCGGAAAGAAGAACCUGCCUGAGAAUCUGGACAAGUUCAUCAUUUGCCAAGUUCCCGCUUAUACAGAGGACGAGGAAUCGCUCCGUCGUGCCAUUGACUCCAUGGCGCGUAUGCGUUAUGACGACAAGCGUAAGCUUCUUCUCGUUAUCUGCGACGGUAUGAUUAUUGGUCAAGGUAACGAUCGACCCACGCCGCGGAUUGUCUUGGACAUCUUGGGUGUUCCUGAGUCUGUAGAUCCGGAACCCCUCAGUUUCGAGAGUUUGGGUGAGGGUAUGAAGCAGCACAACAUGGGCAAAAUCUAUUCUGGUCUUUACGAGGUUCAAGGUCACAUUGUGCCUUUCCUAGUCGUUGUCAAGGUCGGCAAGCCUUCUGAGGUGUCUCGUCCAGGGAACCGUGGUAAGCGUGAUUCUCAGAUGGUGCUCAUGCGCUUCCUAAAUCGCAUCCACUAUAAUCUGCCUAUGAGCCCUAUGGAACUUGAGAUGCACCAUCAGAUUCGAAACAUCAUUGGUGUUAAUCCCACCUUCUACGAAUACAUUCUUCAGGUCGAUGCCGAUACAGUGGUUGCGCCAGAUUCCGCUACGCGAUUCGUUUCAUCAUUCCUUUCCGAUACACGGUUGAUCGGUGUCUGCGGAGAGACAGCCCUAUCCAAUGCCAAAACUUCUAUGGUCACCAUGAUCCAGGUUUACGAAUACUACAUUUCUCACAAUCUGAUCAAGGCCUUUGAGAGUCUUUUCGGAUCGGUCACUUGCUUGCCCGGUUGUUUCACCAUGUUCCGCAUUCGUUCAUCGGACACCGGAAAGCCCUUGUUCGUCAGCAAGGAAGUCGUCGAAGCCUACUCGGAAAUCCGUGUUGAUACUCUGCAUAUGAAGAAUCUCCUCCAUUUGGGCGAAGAUCGAUACCUGACUACGCUGCUUCUGAAGCAUCACCCCAAGUUCAAGACCAAGUAUAUUUUCCGUUCUCAUGCUUGGACUGUCGCCCCAGAGAGCUUCGCUGUCUUCCUCUCUCAACGUCGUCGCUGGAUUAACUCUACGGUGCAUAACCUGAUUGAGCUGGUCCCGUUGCAACAGCUCUGCGGUUUCUGCUGCUUCAGUAUGCGUUUUAUUGUCUUCGUCGAUCUGCUCAGUACCAUCAUCCAGCCCGUCACGGUUGCCUACAUCAUUUAUUUGAUCGUCUGGCUGGUGCGCGACACCUCAGUGAUCCCAUGGACGGCGUUCAUUCUCCUUGGUGUUAUCUACGGUCUACAGGCAUUCAUCUUCAUCGUCCGACGCAAAUGGGAGAUGAUUGGCUGGAUGUUGAUUUAUAUCCUCGCCAUUCCUGUCUUCUCUCUUGCCCUGCCGCUGUAUUCCUUCUGGCACAUGGACGACUUCUCUUGGGGUAACACCCGGGUUAUUACCGGAGAAAAGGGCCAGAAGAUCGUCAUCACCGACGAGGGCAAAUUCGACCCUUCGUCCAUCCCGAAGAAGCGCUGGGAGGAGUACCAAAUGGAGUUGUGGGAGGCUCAGACCUCACGCGAUGAUCGCUCCGAGGUUUCGGGCUACUCCUAUGGCACCCGAUCGCAUGCGUUCCCGCAGUCCGAGUAUGGAUUUCCCGGCUCCCGGCCCGUCUCCCAACUGGAUCUGCCGCUGCUCAACACAGGCUCGCGUUACUCUGUGGCUCCGUCUGAGAUUAUGACGCGCCACAUGGAUACGGAUAUGAGCACGGAGGACCUGGCUCACCUGCCUUCCGACGACGCUAUUCUCAACGAGAUCCGUGAGAUCCUUCGCACUGCUGAUCUGAUGACUGUGACGAAGAAGAGUAUCAAGCAGGAGCUUGAGGCACGCUUUGGCGUCAACCUGGACCUGAAGCGGCCCUACAUCAAUUCUGCUACCGAGGCAGUUCUUUCGGGUCUUCUCUAG